AUGAGCCCUGGGUCACCACAGUGCCAGCUGCCCUCCUUGUCUUCGCCCCCUGAUACAAGCAUUCCCCUUGACCGUAAUGCCCCGGUGCAGGAGAGUCCACCAGCACCAUUUGGGAACCUGCCGAUCACAGCAUGCCCAUGGCACGAGCCCCCAAUCCAGGCCACAACUUUCCACGAAACCACCUUUAGACCACCCUCUGGAGCCAUCGCUGUGCCCAAAGCCCGAACAGACUCCUGGAGCGUGGUGGCGCCUAGGCUGCUGGCUCCCGCGGACCGGGACGGGGAGGCAUGCCUGGGGCCUGGCCACGUCCAGCCGCACCCGGGGCGAGCUGGAGAGGUCGGCGCUGACCCCGCAGCUCGGUGGACGCAGGUCCCAGCCGCCCUGGCCCCUCACCUGGCCCCGCGGGCUGCGCUCGCGUCUCCGCCCGCGCCUUCCGGGCUCGCGCCCCGCUCAGGCCCGCAGGGUCGCCCAUGCCAGGCCGCCGCCGCCUCCCGCUGUCGCCGCGCCCGCCGGGCCCGCCGGGCGCCCCCGCCCGCGGUUCCGGCCGCGCCCGCGCCCCCCGCCCCCAACUCCUCCCCCGGCGAGCGGCCGGGCGGGGACCGUGACGCGCGCCCAUUGACGUCUCCGGAAUCCCGGCGGCGGCGGCCGACGCAGCCUCAUCAAUGGGCUAAAAAUAGCGGCGCCCGGAAUAGCCGCGAGCGUCCCCCCCCCCGUCCCCCGCCUCCCAAAGCGCUCCUGCCGCCGCACACCCCGUUACAUAACGGGCCCCGCCCGAGGGCAGGGUGGGGGUGCUGUUUCCAGGUGAACCCUCUCGGGCCUCCCGGACACCACCCCGACAUCCAACUCAUAAAUAAAUCUACCCGGGACUUCCCCUGA